CAUUGCCUUUGGCCCACUCACCAACACACACAAUGGCAGCGGGCGGCGUGGUUGAGCUGGAUGUCCUUGUCUCAGACCCCGUGCUGCUGAAUGCAGGCGUGUUCAACCUGUGGCUGCAGGGCGACACGAUGGACCAGGCACUCAAGUCGCGCUACACGCUCGAGAUUAGCACCCAGCUGACGACCGCCGUCAUUGUCAGCGACACGGCAGACCAGUACCAGCUGUUUGCCAUCCUCGAGCACUACCUCCACAACCCAAGGUACCUCGCAUCGCAGUCCAUCGUCCCGCUCGCGCCGAGCCUCCAGCAGACGCUUCUCGAUCGCUACUACUCGUUCGACGACGCCGUCGUCCGCGAACUCCUCGGCAAGAAGCUCUCCGCUCGUGUGCGCAAGGAUCUCGACGACGUCAGUGAAAAGGCAGACGUGUCGCUGCAGAACUGCCGGCGUCAGUUUGAUAACAUCAAGCGGAUAUCACGCGCCGUGGAAGACGCCGACGGCGGCUUGGAGGAGAACAUUCAGGCCAACUUUUUGUUAUCGCCCGAGACCACUCGAAAAUACGCGCGAAUCGUCUUCCUCUGCGGCAACCGGUUUGAGACAAACAAGAAAAAGCUCUCGCCUCUGACAUUUAGCGACUUUAUGCAGUUUGCGGCGGUCAUGAUGGAGAACUGGACUGUGAAAGGAGCUCCGCCCGGAGAAGACCUCGAUCCCAACUUCCUUCGGGACUUGCGCGAGCUUCGCGGUGUGCUCACCAACGACAAGGACGUUCUUGUCGAGCAGCGUCGAUUUGUGCAGCAAGAUAUGAUUCAAGGCAACGCGACCCUGUCGGCAACCGUCACAGAGACGUCGUCGUCGUUGACCGCCCUUGGCGGGCUCUCCAACCGCUCCUUGCCAGGGGUUGGCCUCGGCGGCUCUCAAUCCAACCUUGCUCCCGCGUCCGUGGUGGCGUCGCCGUGGGCCCGCAUGGGCGUUGAGGAACGGAGCGCGCUGUUUGAAAGGAAAAUGUUCCCACUCUUCAAAACAUUGCUCCGCAACCUCUUUGCCAUUGCGUCGGGCCUGUCCCAAAGCAAGGAACUUCGUGACAUUUUCAUCGAUCUUCUUGAAAAGUUUGUCGAGCCAUGUCGCGAGGCUGACUGGACUGUGGCCGAGCUCGAGGCCUUCUUGAGCUCCACCAUGCGAUCGUUCGAUCAUCUCGAGACUGUAAGUCGGGCCGUCCGAAGUCGGUACCAGCUCGUCUAUCGAAGAUACCUUGUUGUCGUGUCCCUGUGUACCACUCGCAUGCUGAAGCAAGUGUUGUAAAGAAAGAAAGAAACAAAAAAAAUUGAAACAAAUUAUUUGCCUUUGUUUCAUU